GCAAAAGUGACCUAAGUAUUAAGCUAGGGGUGUGUGGUGGCAUGACAGAUAGACAACAACUAGCCUUGAAUAAUCAUGAUGAAACUGACGUACACGAAAAUUCACAAGGACAGCCAGCUCAAGUGCCUGACAUCAUUGUAGGGGAAACAUGCCAACCUACUAGCACAGAAAGUGAUGGAUUUUCUCGUGUCGUCGACCAGCUCAAUGAGCCAGAUCAAUGUGGCAACAGUGAUCAAAGACAAAGGGUCCUAAAUAUUGUGUCUGAAAGAGGCACAGAUGCUGCCUAUGCAGAACCUGAUCAUGUCAUAGCUAGUCCGAAACCCAGGCGACGGCGCCGCACGUGCAGUGGGAAUGCUAUUACAUCCACAGACAGGUAUGAAUAUGAAGAUGUGAAAAGUUCCAGAGAAAAGAUAAAUGGUAUAUUUUUUUUACCCAUAGAGAGUCCCAGGAACUCUAUGUUGAAUAUUCAGGAAAACUCUUCAGUAGGUGCCUCAAGUUCAAGUGAAUUAGCAUCAGAGGAAAAACGGUACGAAUAUGAAGACGUGAAAAGUUCCAGAGAAAAGAUAAAUGGUAUAUUUUUUUUACCCGUAGAGAGUCCCAGGAACUCUAUGUUGAAUAUUCAAGAAAACUCUUCAGUAGGUGCCUCAAGUUCAAGUGAAUUAACAUCAGAGGAAAAAACUGUGGCAGGCAAUUCACUGGAUGAUUUAUCACACAGGCCGCAACAGCUGUGUGUGACACAAGACCAUGCACAAUCGGCAAGCAACAAUGAGUGGGACUCGCACGCUAGCAGGUGCUUGCCUCACGAGUCUUUGACACAAAGUGGGCAAGGAGAAACACCAGGAGAAGCCGAGGAGGGUGCAGAACAUGACACUGAGGGAGAAGGGGUUAGUGUGACAGGGGGCCAAGCAGAAGGUGGAGGAGGAGAAGGUCAGCCAGACUCAGGUCAGAAAGAAUCAGGUCAGGAGGAAACGGGGCAGGAGGGGAACUGUUCUGCCAAAAUGGAUAGGAGAACACAACGAAGACGGAGUUCCGUAGAUUUUCUUUCUGAUGAUGGAAGUAUUGAUGAGGGCCGGGGGCAACUUGUACUUGUGAACCGUGGUGGGGGGUACAGCCAGCUGCCCCAGGGGAGGCGGGGCAGCCUCCCUAGGGGGAGUAAACUGAUUGGGGGUCAGAUGAAUGGUGAUAGCAACUAUCUGAAUUCCUAUACACAUAUGCAUGGAGCAGGCAACCAGUUUUCGGUGAGAGCAGAAGUUCAUGAUUCUCAGGUUGCCCAUUACUAUGGGCAACAGGAAGCUGGGCAGGUUUCCCGAGUGCCCCAUCACCAUGGCAAUGCCAUGUACAAACAAAUUCCUAGACGUCCAUUCUCCAGAGCUGAAUAUGAUUCUUCAAUAUCUCCCAAAGAUUACGUGGAGGGUCAUGACAGCCUGUACCCAAUGCGGGACCCGAGUGGGAUACGUGACAUGGACUGCCGUACCUCACAGGAAUACAGCCGGUCAACCAGCCCAGUCAAAGCCUCCCAGGAUAAAGCAGAAACUUCAAGGAGAGGAGUGAAAAGCUAUGAUGGUCCGGUUAGUGUACAAGACCCCGUAGACAUUAUGAAUUCACAAGAUGGUGGGGGGCAGUCAGAAGCCAAGACGGCAUCCUCAUCCAAUCAACACUCUUCCUCAACCAAUCAGCAUCAAGCCUCAUCACAUGCAUCAUCCAAUCACAGUCAUUCAGCGGCAGCCAAUGAAAACCAGGCACAGGCACAGAUUAACGGCACUGUGGUGGAAGACAGGAAGAACCUGCGGAACCUGCCGCUCGAGGAGGUGAUUGAGAAGACCAAGUCCAUCGUGGGGGAGCUGGGGAAGCUGGAGGACUACCACCGCGGGGAGGGCAUGCGGCUCCAGAAGAUGCUCGGCGACUUCUACUGGGACUACACCUCACAGAGGAAGCAGAUCGGGGACGCCAUCGCGGAGGCAGGAUAUGCAGAAAUCACAAUCAAGAUGCUGAAAAGCCUGAACACAAUUGGUAUCUUCAAGAACGAUGAAAUCUGGUUCCCCGCCUACUACACCUACAACACCACGUGGAACUACUCCGACACCAGCGACUUGCUGGCCAGGAAUUUAGCGGAGGCAGAUGCUGUACGUCUCCUGUCACUCAACUGUAGUCACAAACCCUACAUUACAAACAUACACAGCAAGAAUGUAUUUUAUGUGAUGAAGGCGUCCAUGAGCAUCCUCCACAACAUAGCCCGGAACCCCAACGUGAAGGGCUUUUUUAAAGAAAACAAAACAGCUGAGGUCAUCAUGCCAUUUAUCAACAUGAACGACGACAUGCUGCGAGUGUUGGCGAUGUUGACCUUGGCCUACAUCGUUGAGGAAGAAGACAACAGCAAACUUAUCGACGAAACAGGUACAAUAAAGAAUGUAGUCAUGUGGAUUGGCAAGGCAUUGGACAACCCGAAGAGGCGGUUCAAGGGAUUUACCCCCCAAGAGUUGACACAAGGCUUGGACAAGCUUGCAGUCAAUGAUGGCAACAAGUUGAAGAUCAUAGAGGAAGGCAGCAUCCCUCUGUUUAUGAAGAUGCUUCUGAGUGAUAAUGACAAGGAACAGAGCACAACGGCGCGAUGUGUCUGGACGCUGGCGUUCGACAAGGAUGUGAGGAAGGAGCUGUUCGAGACGGAGAAUAUGAUGAGCACCCUGGAGAAGCUGCUGGAAAAUCAGCACAAGGACGUUAAGAAGAACGCUCAAGGUGCAUUGUGGGUACUCACGGGCAAAGGAGAUGCACCCACAGACAAAACAAAAGGACCCCCACGGGGGAAGAACCACAUCUUCAUCAGUUACUCCUGGAACGAGCAGGAGAAGGUCCUGGAGAUUCGGGACAAACUCAGGGCAGAGGGAUAUAUUGUGUGGGUGGAUGUGGAUGAGAUGGGGGGAUCCACGCUGCAGGCGAUGGCAGAGGCUGUUGAGAACGCUGCCGUUGUCCUGGUGUGCAUGUCAGAAAAAUACAAGCAGAGUCCCAACUGUAGGACAGAGGCGGAGUACACGUUUCAGUUACGGAAAGACUACAUCCCACUGAUGAUGCAGAAGAAGUACCGGCCGGAUGGCUGGCUUGGGAUGAUCCUCGGUGCCAAGUUGUUCUUUGACUUUAGCGGGAAAUACCCCUUUGAGAAAUCCAUGUCUGGUAUGCUGAAGGAGCUGCGAGGACGUGGUAAAAGGUCAAAUGUGCUUCAAUCACAAUCUACAGAUCAAGUAGAUGCACUAGAGAGUACGACCGAGAACCGGCUAGUGUACGCCGGCAACCCUCACCGCAACACCCACCCAGGCACCGAGCUGGCCAUACCUCAGGGACAUCAGCCUCUCACACACAACAUGUCACGCGACGACGUGCAACGCUGGCUGGUCACGCACCAGCUAGAUGGAUCCAUCGCAGCCUUCAGCCAGUUUGACGGACGGUUACUAUGGCAACUAAGGGAAAUGAAACAAGAGGCACCCGACUAUUUCUACCAGUGUUUGGAGAAGAAACUGUCCAUGAACCUAAUUGAUAUGCUCCGCCUUGCCUCUGCCCUCGAUACCCUCCACUGAUCUGCUCCAAACCAAUUUGGGCUGGUCCAAAUGUGCCAUAACCAGAUCUCAGUGGUCCGGACCAGUCUGCACAAGUUCACCUAGAACUGACUGAUUGUGUGUUUAAUAUGGAAUGGAUGUGCUAGCACUACAAACAACACUGAAUACACCCAAAGUGCUAUCAUGUGGAGUAUAUGGCUACUGGCCAUUUGUUUCUACUUCGGAAAGGGAGGGUCAAGGUCGAUGUCAGUGACAUCAUAACCAGGGUCAUAGAGAACCGAGUAUUCAGGUAGCUUAGCAACAAAACUUUGAUUCAUGUACAGACUAAGAAACCUUGUAGAGAAGAUGAAAUAUAAACUAAAUAUAUGUAUGAUACUGGUAUGUUCAGUUGGAGACUGGGUAGCCUUGUGGUUAAAGUGCUAGCUCAUGUCACCAAAGAACUGGGUUUGAUUCCCACAAGUGUAUGUGAAGACCUCUUUUGGUGUCCCCUGUUUGGUUUGAAUGUUGCAUCAUGUGAAAACAUAAUCACUCACUCACUCAAGUGGAUAUGGGUCAUAGGUCCCACCAACUUGUGAUCCAAAGACAUUAAUCUCAUCAUGAACAAUGACACACUACAAGUUCUGUCUCAGGAAUCAAAAGUUAACGACUUAAUCAAGUGAGACCUGUAUUCCUCUGUGGAUGGAGACUCACAGCAAGACGGAGACUCACAGCAAGACGGAACCUCUAUUCCUCUGUGGAUGGAGAAUCACAUAAAGAAGGUUCCUCUUUUCCUCUGUGGAUGGAGACUCACAGCAAGAAGGUACCUCUAUUCCUCUGUGGAUGAAGAAUCACAGCAAGAAGGUACCUAUAUUCCUCUGUGGAUGAAGAAUCACAGCAAGAAGGUACAUCUAUUCCUCUGUAGAUGGAGACUCACAGCAAGACGGAACCUCUAUUCCUCUGUGGAUGGAGACUCACAGCAAGAUGGAACCUCUAUUCCUCUGUGGAUGGAGAAUAAUAGCAAGAAGGUACCUAUAUUCCCCUGUGAAUGGAGAAUCACAUCAAGAACAAACCUCUAUUCCUCUGUGGAUGGAGACUCACAGCAUGGUGGAAACCUCUAUUCCUCUGUGGAUGGAGCCUCACAACAAGAAGGUACCUCUAUUCCUCUGUUGAUGGAGAAUCACAGCAAGAAGGUACCUCUAUUCCUCUGUGGAUGGAGAAUCACAGCAACAAGGUACCUCUAUUCCUCUGUGGAUGGAGAAUCACAGCAAGAAGGUACCUCUAUUCCCCUGUGGAUGGAGAAUCACAGCAAGAAGGUACCUCUAUUCCUCUGUGGAUGAAGACUCACAGCCAGAAGGAACCUCUAUUCCUCUGUGGAUGAAGACUCACAGCAAGGUGAUGCCUCUAUUAUUCUGUGGAUGAAGACAAAGGCGAUCAUGCUACAGUAAAAAUGAAAGUCUAUUCUGCUGUGGAUAAAAAGAUAGGAGAUCAUGCCACUACAAGAGACAUUAAUCUACUUAUCAACAUAGACAGACAAAUAUGGCUUAAUCAGAUGAGACCUUUUCUCUUCUCUGUGGAUGAAGACAAACAAGUUCUUACCACAGCAAGAUAAAACCUCAAUUCCAGUGUGGAUAGAGACACACCAAGAUAAACCCUCAAUUUGACUGGAAGAAGACACACAGCAAGAAGAAGCUUCAGAUCCUCUGUGGAUGAAGACACAGCAAGAUGAAACCUCAGUUCCUCUGUGGAUGAAGACACAGCAAGAUGAAACCUCAGUUCCUCUGUGGAUGAAGACACAGCAAGAUGAAACCUCAAUUCCUCUGUGGAUAAAGGCACAUAUUAUCAACACGGAACUUCAAUUCCUCUUUGGAUGAAGACACAGCAAAAGGAAACCUCUAUUCCUCUGUGGAUGAAGACACAGCAAAAUGAAACCUCAAUUCCUCUGUGGAUAAAGGCACAGCAAGAUGAAACCUCAGUUCCUCUGUGGAUAAAGGCACAUAUUAUCAACAUGGAACUUCAAUUCCUCUGUGGAUGAAGACACAGCAAGAGGAAACCUCUAUUCCCCUGUGGAUGAAGACACAGCAAGAUGAAACCUCAGUUCCUCUGUGGAUAAAGGCACAUAUUAUCAACAUGGAACUUCAAUUCCUCUGUGGAUGAAAGCACAGCAAGAUGAAACCUCUAUUCCUCUGUUGAUGAAGACUCAGCAAGAGGAAAUCUCAGUUCCUCUAUGGACAAAGACACUGGAUGGUCAUGCUACAGCAAGAUGGAACAUUGCCUCAGCGCAGCAGAUGUCAAAGAUGGUGCCCUUGUUCAGUGUGGGGUUGACAUAAGUUCAACUCAGGAUUAUUAAAUGCUUCCUUUUCAGCUUGAAGCUGGAGAAAGAGAUAUCUGUACACUUAUAUGGAUAACUGCAGAAGGAACAGAGUCAUCCCUUAGGAGCUGUUGUUGGAAUCCCAGUGUCACCCAGAGAUGUGUACAACCACUACUACUGCUGCAAACAUGUGUCAUGCAGGUUAUUACUGCAGACAGAUACUCUGAAUCACACACUUUAACAUGCUACAUGAACUUUGUUCUUGUUAAAUGGAUAUGCUUGCCCAAGAUUUUAUCGAACUAUGUUUUAAAAUGAGGUUAGAAAGGAUGUGUCCUGUUAAAAAUAUGCAAAGACUUGUGUGCAGGAAAUUAAUUUCAAGUCAGUCCUGAUAACUUUGAUAUACUACUCAACUUUUGAUAGGGAUGUCAUGAGUGUCCUGGCAGAGAGUGAAUGUGACUGAUUGAUUGGAGACGUCAUAUACAGACUCAUUUUCAGCAUCAUUACAAAUAUUCAGUAAUUUAUAUAACAUUCCCUUAAGCUGCAGUUUUAAGUUUGGCAACAGUAUGAAAUAUCAGUAUCCCUUACAAAAGUUGAGGAGUAUAGUUGUUGUUUUUAUACUCCACAGCAUAUUCACAAAUAUACUACUCAAAAGAAGUUAACUCCUGUCCUUAGAUUCUUUUGAGCAGUAUAUGUUGGUAAAACAGGAAAAUGAAUUGGCCAAACCUUAAUUGUGAUCGUAAUGACGAAGUGUAAUUGUACACGAUGUGAUGUGAGCAUGGGUAAAGAGUUCUCUCCGAAACAUCACAUAGGUCAUCCCACAAGAUCAGACAAUGGUGUUCACACAAAUCAAUUGCUAAUGAUGGGAUGGAAGCGGCAGAAAUAACAUGGUAAUAGUUAUACUAUACACAAAGAUAGUAAUCCAUAGAUAUGUAGUCGUGAAGACAGUCUCUACACCAGUUCUGAGAUAAGAACUGUAUGAUCCUAGAAAAUGGUCCUACGUUCUUGUAGGGUCCUAAUAAAAGGGUCCUACAUUCUUGGUCCUAGGUGAAGUGUCAUGCAUUCUUGAAGUUCCUCAGUUUGUGUGUUUUUCCAUCCUUGAUUAUCUCAUGGCAUCAUGCCUCUGUUCUACCAUUCUGUUAUGACAAAUACCCUGGAGCCAUUACCUCCGUAGCUUUGUUCAGGAAGUGAUGUCGCUGUCUUCAUCUUUCUUAUCAGCAACAUCGCACCCAAUUCAUCUCUCUCAUGGUUGUAAGUUGAGUGGAAGGCUAUUUUUAGACUAACAUCUUGUCUCUGAAAUGAACAUUUAAACUGAAAAAACAGUUGUUAAAUUAUAGUUAUAAAAUAUAAUAAAAAGGAGCCCAGAUACUUUCUUCAUUUAAUCUAGACUUGCCAAACAUUAUAGACUUGCAUGGGCUGUAUGGGAUAUAUUUGUUUCAGGAUCUGUAUGACAGACAAGGCUAUUCUCAGCAUCACAUAUUUUGAAUCAGACACAAAACAAGGCAAUGGUAGCGAAUGGUUCCAUGUAUUUAUCAUAACAUAGAGAUACGAUGCCUGAGAUAUUCAGGAAUAGUCCUGUUCUUGAAGCACUGAGUACAUCCUCUCGAAACCAUCACUGGUACUGCAGAAGAGGCAUUAUGGCUCCUUUCAGAGAAAGUCUGUGAACGUCAGUAACACCUUGGAUAUUCUGUAUAACAUUUUCCACAGGACUAUUAUGACACUUUUUUCAAACAGAAAUAUAUUUGUAUAAAAACUUUCAUUUCUUCUUCUCAUCCAUCAUUGGUGUGAAUUCACAAGGAUGCCAAUAUAUGCUGUUUUUAUUAUAUGUCUUCUGUGUAUUAGAUUUUCUACGAUCAUCCGUCAUAUGAUAAGCUGCUGUUCUGUUGUUGAAGCUGAUUAUGUGUAUGUUAAGUUUGAGUGUUGCUGAAAAAGUACAGGUGUAACCCCAAUUUGACCCCUGUGAAAAAAUAUCCAGGGGCAAAAUUUUAAGAAUUUCCUUUCAAAAGAUUUGUAUUUUGUUUGUUCAAAACAAAUACAAAAUCUAUUCAGUAUGUAUCAAGAAAAGAAAUGAACUAUUAUUGAGCUUUAGAACUAUACUUUUGUAAAGAGCAGAGAGUAUAAAAGACAAUUACUUGCAGUGAGUAAUGAGUAGUCUGGUUGUAUGCAGUAUAAGGAGUGUGAUGUAAGGUUAAAGCAUUAUUUAUCAUAGCUUAAAUUAGUUCAUUAAUAUUCAUAUGUCACACCCCUAGGUCUCAACUCAAGAGUUAACCUUUUCUGUAAGUGUUUUAGAAAUAGUCUCAGCACAACUAGUCAUUACACUCAUUCAAAGAAUGAGGCAUCAUGUCGUCAAAAAUAUUUUCAAGAAAAACAACAAAAUAAAUAUUUGAGACAAUCCCUUAUGAAAUGAAAGAAUAUAAACGAUUCUUUUUCUUUCAUUGUGUUAUGAGGAUAAAUUGUGAGGCUUAGUCUUACAGAACCAUUUUUAGAAAUUUCAAUUUUGUAAAGAAAAUUACAGAUUAUCUUAUCCAAAAUGCCAAGAUGCAAAAAAAACAAUAAAGGGUUUAUUUAUAAUGAAAAAGUGAAUAUUUAUUUACAUCAGAAUUAUUAAUGUGAUUUUUAACAAAUGUUAUUUUCCUGUUUCCUCUUGUUUGCAAAUUCAAACAUAUUUGAAAUAAUCCAAUUUGGUCAUUUGUUAUUCUUUUACAAAAUUUGAUGAAUAUUAAUCUGUAAAAAAGUAAAGAAAUAACACUGGCCUUACUCACAUUUAUAAAAUAUUUUGAUGGUUUUACUCUGUGUGUACUAUGCUGUUUUCAGAUGUUCUACAUCACGCCAAAGACCCAGGUUCUAUUCCCGACAUGGGUACAAUGUGUGAAGCCCAUGUCUGGUGUCCUCCGCCGUGAUAUUGCUGGAAUAUUGCUAAAAGCGGCGUAAAACCAUACUCACUCACUCACUCAGAUGUUCUAUGUACAAAAUACUAAUACAACUCAAUGGUUGUCAUCUAUUAUGCUUCAGAUGCAAUAUUAUGUAUUGUUAAAUACCCUGAGCAAUAUUACGUACUGUUAAAUACCUGGAGCAAUAUUUCUACAGCACGAAGCUGUCCUUGCGCAGAUUUACCGUAUUGUUGACUUUGUGUUAUAUAUUGUUGUUCCCCAGACAGUAUCCCUAGCUCAGGUAAGCAUUUAUGCAAUUGUGUUAAAUUAUAAUUAUUAUUAAUAAUUAAGAUGUGUCUAGAAAGUCGUUGUUGUAGUUGUGCAAUAUAGAGGAAGAAGUCAUUCAUUGAAUAUAUUUGGUUUUGUUCAAUUAUCAGUUUUGUCUUCGAGACAAAAAAAUGUUUGAUGUUGUGUAAUAUGAAUUCUAUAAGAAGUAAGUUUUAGUUUUAUAUCAGUUGACAUUGCAUACAAAAUUAGCUAGAAUAAGGGAAAGAAUGUUUUGGUAUAAGAAGAACUUGCCCGAACUGGGUAUCAAUAUUUCAUUUGAAAACCUCAGAUUAUUGUAUUGAAAUAUGCUAUUAAAAUAGUUUCUGAGAAAUUACUAUCUUGGAGCCAUUAGACAAGAUAUUGCUGAGUGCGCACAUUCAACUUCAAUGCAAUUCACUAUGCAUAGUUGCUUCCCUUGGGCAUGCCAGGAAUCUAUGAUCGUGGUUUUAAAUCCAGGUUCGCCCUGAUUAUGUUUCUGGGUUUGUCAGCACCAUUCCCGUGCUUGUGGGUUUCACCAAACAACUAGUACUUGCAUUACUUUUGGCUUUCUUCCCACAUUUAGCUGAUAUGCUGUGAUAUAACUGGAAAACUGUUCAAAGUGGCAUUAAACCCAAUAAAUCACUCACUUAAACAUACUAAGAGAUUAUAAAUUUGGAAAUUAAGUGAUCAGGUGUACUCACGGUAAACAAUUAACAACACCAUAACUGACAAAUUUGGUGAUAUUUUUACAAGCGAUCCGGAACGAUAAUUUGGCAAAAUACCAAAUGCACCUCUUUUCAAACAAGCUGUAUCAAAGCUUAAUUUGUUUUAUGGAUGUCAACAUUUAAAUUGGCACUUACAUAGAAGCGUGAAUCUAUAUGUCUUCUUCAAUGACUCCUAGAUAAAUGGAUAUGAGUAUAUACUGUUACAAAUUAAUGAAAAUCCGACAUUCGUUAUCUUCGUAUUUUUUAUAUGCUUGUCAGAGUAUUUUGUCAUCGCCAUUUCCGUUUCUCUCAUCCUUCAACCUUACACUCCAUUAAACUCAAUGAACGACAGUUUUGUAACCAUUUUCAUAUUUGUACAUGUACUGUACAGUUGAGCACAUGGUCUGUGUCAUCCACACAUUAAACAAUGAUUGUACUAUU